AUGAAACCAAGCCAUAAUAUCAUAAGCGCUUAUUUCUUCUUGCCACCGCCGAGAGCGGCGACCAAGGCCGUCGAGCAGACGGUUGAGGCCCAGGGUACCGAGAAGGCCGUCGACAAUCUUGCCGAGGCCGAGGCCGUUGAGAAGACGACCGACGAGGUUGAGGACACCGGUCAACAAGAGACCGACAGCAGCCAGAAUCUGGAAGAGAGGCUCGGUGAGGAGACCCCACAGAGGGUUGAGCUCCUUCUUGGCACACUCUGCGAGGUGGUGCUCCUCGGGAGUAGCCUCACGAGUCUGGGCCUUGGACUUGGCGUUCUGCUGGAUGCGACCAUCAGGGUCCAAGGCACGGACACUGCCAUUCAGCUCGGUCAGGAUCUUGCCACCCUCCUCGAUAAGAGGCUUAACAUCCUUCACAAGCUGCUCCUCGUCACGCUCCUCCUUGGGCUUGCGCUCGGCUGCCUCAAUCUUCUGCGUAAUCAUCUUGCAGAUAGGACGCAGACGGUCGAGGCCUUGCUCAAUGAGUCCGCCGAUGCUCUUGGCCAGCUUGCGGUCGGCCUCAGCCUCCUCGCGGGCCUUCUUCUCCUCUUCGGUCUCAGUAGGAACUUCCUCAACCUCGGGGAUGUCCUCGAGCAGGGAGACGUGUCCGACAACACGGUCCUUGGAGUCAAUAACGUCGUUGUCGCUGUUGAUCUCCUUGCCAGAGCAAAUGGACACCUCGCCGGUAGUAAGCUUGCCGAUGACGUUUCCAUCUUCAUCGACAACCUCACCCUGGCGGUUGACACGGCGGCCUUCCAUAGGACCCUUUUUCUGAGGAAGGUCCUCGAGAAGGGUGACAUGGCCGACCACACGAUCCUUGGAGUCGACGACGUCGUUAUCCUCGUUGAUCUUCUUGCCAGCACAAACGCUGAGCUCACCGCUGGUAAGCAUGCCCAGGGUCUCACCGGUCUCGCUAACGACCUCACCCUUCUUGUUGACGGUCUUGCCUUCCAUGGGACCCUUAGGCUGGGGAAUAUCCUCAAGGAGCUCGACGUGGCCGACAAUGCGUCCCUUGGAGUCGACGACGUCGUUGUCUUCGUUGAUGAUCUUGCCGGCGCAAGCCUUGAUCUCUCCAGAGGUAAGCUUGCCGAUGACAUCGCCAUCCUCGUCAACGACAUCACCGCUGCGGUUGACCUUACGGCCCUCCAUGGGACCCUUCUCCCUCUCGGGAGCGGCUUCGGGCUCCCAGCGUUCAGCCUUACCGAGGAGGUUGCCAUUGCGAUCAAGGAUGUCGCCAUCCUCGUCGAUGGGGCGCCCGAAAAGGGCCUUAGCGUCACCCUGAACAAGACGGCCAACAAUGUCUCCAGAAGGAGUAACAAUGGUUCCGUCCUUGGCGACGGUACAUCCAGGAAGCUCCGCGAAAGGACCCUCCUUUGCACCCUCACGGUCGCUCUCAGGGAUGAGCUCAGCACGGCCGAUGAUGUCGCCAGACUCGCUGCGGACGUUACCCUCCUUGUCGCACAUGCGGCCAAUCAGCUUCUUGACAUCACCCUCGACGAUACGGCCGUAGAUGGUACCGUCCUUGUCGACAACGUUGCCAGCCUUGUUGACGCGCUUGCCUGCAAGGGCAGAGUUAUCAAUCACGACAGGCGCCUCGGGUUCAGGCUCAGGCUCAGACUCAGGCUCCCAACGCUCGGCCUUGCCAAUGGCAUUGCCGCUCUUGUCAAGAAUGUCACCCUCGUCAUCAACCUUCUUGCCCUUCAACUUCUUCGGGUCACCCUCAAUGACGCGACCAACAAUGUCGCCAUUGAAGAGAACAUGACCGUUAGAUUCAACAGUCGCACCAGGGAAGUCCUCAAAAGGCGCGGGCUCAGCAAGCUCUUCACGCUCAGUCUCAGGAAUAGGCUCAGCCUUUCCAAUGAUCUUGCCGGCAUCGUUCCAGAUCUCGCCACGCUCAUCAGCCUUGCGGCCGACAAGGUGCUUGAGGAUACCAGAAACAAUACGGCCAACAGCUUCGCCCUUGUCGUUGACGAGGUUACCAGCCUUGUUGACCUUGGCACCCUUGAGGAUGGAGAACUCGGCCUUGCCGAUGAUGCUGCCGCGCUCGUUGAUGACAUUGCCCUCGGCGUCGAUGGUCAUGCCAACGAGGUCGGCAGGAUCACCUUCGGCGAUGCGGCCAAUAGAGGCGUUGUCGAAAAUGACCUUGCCCUCAUCAUCAAUCUCGGCACCAGGGAACUUCUCGAAUGGCUGAAGGAGCUUGUCGCCAGCAACAGUGACAGUGCGCUGAUCUUCGGGGAUGGCGGAGCGGACGGUGCUCAAGACGCUCUUAAUGUCGUCCUUGACGGUGGACUUGGGAGCGGAGUCGGACGCGGCGGUAACAUCAAUAUCCGGGACGUCACCAGUCUUUGCAUCCUCGGCCGCAUCUUCGACACCCUCUUCAGCACCCUCAGCAUCCUCAACGCCCUCAGCGCCCUCAACGCCUUCAGCGUCCGGGAGCUCGGCGUCCUCGGGAACCUGGGACUGAUCCUCAGGGUUCUGCUGGUUGGCCCAGUCUUCAGUCGUUGUGUCCUUAGGAGUGUCAAUGCCAGACUGAAGCUUGGACUGCGCGUCGAAGGGGAUUUGGGAGACGGGAAUGUCGGCAGUUUGGAUAUCCUCGGGAAGCUCGCUCUUCAGGUCGUCGGGGAUCUGAGACACGGGUACGUCAAGGGUAGCAAUGUCGUCGGGGACAGUACCAGCCUUCUCUGUAGUGUCGUCCUUGACGGUCUCAGCACCCUCAGCCUGCUCCUCGAUGGGCUCAGCAUCCACCUCUUGCAAGUCAUCCUUUCCGUCAAGGGUCGAUUGCUCCGUCAAAUCUGUCUUGUCGCCUUGGGAAUCUUCAGUCUCUGUUUGGGUGUUUUCGCCGCCGCUUGUGGGCUUACCGUCGUCUGCUUGCGACUUCUCGGCGUCUUGCAAGACACCUCCAAGGAGGCUUCCGAGAGGGUUCUGCUCCGAGCCGCCCUUCUCCGACUUACCACCGCCAAGGGCUCCAGUGAUACCACCCAGAAGACCCCCUUGAGAGCCCUUCUCAGACUGACCGCCGCCAAGGACGCCUCCAAGGACACCGCCUUGGCCUUCGCCCAAACCGACGCCCUUUGUCAGAUCACCAACAAGUGUCUGUACUGUGCCGUCAACGGUGUCGACGAUGCCCUUGACACCCUUGGUGGCGCCCAUGAUGCUGAAGCUGCUGCUACCACCCUGCUUGCUCUCACCGCCCUCGGUCAACUCACCGAGAGGAAGCGCCUUGCCGAUGACGCCACCGUCUUUGCCGAUGAUAUCGCCAGUCGCGGUGACAACGUUGCCGACAAGCUCGCCAGCCUCGCCUUCUGUGACCUUACCGACAGUCUUGCCGGUCUCAUCUACCACCUCUCCCGUCUUGCCGAUAACACCGGCAACAAGGUUCUCACCAUGCUCUUGAACAUCUUGUUCGACCGACUCCUAAACUUACGUCAAGGGGAGCUCAAGCUCGAGGAGCUGCCCCUCGAAGCUCUGGUCCCUGCUCGCGCCACAGAGUGA